UCAGCCGAGCUGAGAUGGUUGUGGGAGUCGUGCAACAAAACUGAGAUGAAUCAAGGCGGACUAAAACACGCUGCCACGGAGUCGAGGCUCGAUAGUAAACGGGAGCGGCGUCGCGGAGCUUCGGGCCGCGCAGCUGCCCUACGGCGGGCUCCUUCAGACUCUGACUGUUCUGGUGAGACAGCAUCGCUGUCGGCCGACAGUGGCGACCGCGUCGUGAGACCACCACCGCCUCCAACCCGCGCUGCCAAGUCACGCAGCCGGCGACGUGGUAGUGAAUGGGAGGUGCUAGAAGGACUGAAAGAUGGCCAGCGGUUCGAGAAACGCCCCGAUGUCUUCAACGGGUACCUACAUAAGAAGCGCAAAUGGCCUCUGAAGGGAUGGCAUAAGCGCUUCUUCGUUGUGGACGGUGGUAUAUUAGUAUACGCACGUUCACCGACAGACGUGGCGCGCGGACGUUUGCACGGUUCAGUGGACGUCGGUCUGUCUGUGAUAUCGGCUAAAGCUCGCCGGCGUCGCAUCGAUAUAGACGCCGACGAGUUCAUAUACCACCUGCGAGCUAAGACAGCUGACGUGUUCAGAACAUGGCUCAACGUACUGAAGGCGCAUAGACUCUACAGGCAACACUUACUUACAUUUGGUGCUCGGGAAUCUGUGCCUAAAAUCCAUGCGCCACUCGACGAUUUACCACCGACGGAUACAUCAUCACGGCUGGUUAGCCCGACGUCCCUGGCGCAACGCGGUCCGCAAGCUGGCUUCGUGUCGGGCACGCCCGGUGGACGGUUCGCUGGCUGGAUUAUAGAAGCCGGUGGCCCACUAGAAAAUGCGUCCCGAGAACUUGGACAAGCGCAACUAUCGGUGCAGCAGCUGCAGCGCCUAUUGGAAGCGCUGGAGCUGCAACAUCAGGUGCACCACGACACUGACGUAUCUUUAGAAGGCGCCUCGCCUAAUGUAAAGAAAGAUCGUCGCAAAUUCGGCCUUCGCAAAAAGAAAUCCAACAGCAAAUGUGCCUCUGUGGAGCUCGCACCUCCACAUAUAGACCCCUCCAGUUCACACAUGGCGUUAUCUGCCCUCACUGCACCUCCGUCACCAGGCGGCGGUGCAUCUUCUGCACCUAAUUCUGCCGCUUCAUUGCCAAUCGCUUGUGCCGCAGCCAGACCUCAAUCACUGCCAGGGGCGGAGUCGCUAGGGGGCGCUGCGGGGCCCGCUAGUCUCACCAGUCUCACCCCAGAUCACCAGCUCAGGGAAGACUUCACUAUCCUUGCGAAAGACUUGGUUACCAAUCUAAAAAGCAUCGUGUCGACUUUGGUGAUAGAAAGAGGCCGUCUCCGUGCGGCAGUGGAAGCGACGGAUGGCUCUUCUCCCGGUGCACUGUUAGCCGCGUUGCGUACAAAUCUCAGCUCCGCCUUACAUCAAAACAACGUGUUGAAUACAGAACUGCGUUCCCGGCUGUCGCGAAUCCAUGACGCAUCCGACUUGGCAGAGAUAUCGUCUGUGGGACCUAAUUCGGAUCCUCAGGGUAACCGUCAGUUCCAACAGUCGUUGAGCUACAGUUCUUCAUGCGUUUCUGCAUCGGAGUUCUUCGACGCGGAGGAACACGAAGACGACCUCAAGCCGUCAGAGAUCAUAGCGGCAGACGAGGCAGGAGUUAUAGAGUUGGACGGCGACUCAUCUUCCGAAGCGGGCUCGUUGAGCAGCGAAGAAGGCUCGGCGAGUUCCGAUAACUCUGACGGAGCGAUGCUCUCGGCGGAGCAAGUGACGCUGCGUUUGAAUCAAAACGGCAUCGAACCCCGACCCGCGUCAUGUUGGACACGACGGACUUGCUUACCGAGCCCUCGGCCUACACCCGGCGGGCCGAGUCUAUGGAACCUCCUGUACAAGAACAUAGGGAAGGACUUGAGUCAGAUAUCUAUGCCAGUCACCAUCAACGAACCGUUGAAUAUGUUGCAGAGGCUGUGCGAAGAGCUCGAGUACUCUGAACUCCUAGACGCGGCGGCUGAAUGUAAGAACGAGGUGGAACGUAUGGCGUUGAUAGCCGCGUUCGCUGUGAGCGCGUACGCAUCGUCAGCUCAUAGGGCUGCCAGUAAACCGUUCAAUCCACUACUGGCCGAGACAUACGAAUGCAUCAGAGACGACAAAGGGUUCAGAUUCAUUGCAGAACAGGUAUCGCACCAUCCUCCAAUAUCGGCAUGUCACGCGGAAUCGAGUCGAUGGUGUUUCUGGCAGGAGGCUCGUAUAAAGACAAAGUUCUGGGGCAAAUCUAUGGAGUUCCAACCGGCGGGGCGAGUGCACGUACGAUUAACCACCACCGGGGAUCAUUACAGCUGGAACAAGGUAACAACUUGUGUACAUAAUUUGUUCGGUGGUCAGCGAUGGGUGGAUCAAUACGGCGAUAUGCACAUCACCUGCCACGGUACUGACAUCACGUGUAAACUAAACUUUAUAAAGGCCAGUUCUUGGAGCAGUAGUCGUCACGAAGUCCGCGGCAUGGUAACUGGUGGUGGAAGACUGAGGCUCCAGGGGCGAUGGUCUGAAGCCCUGUACGCGGGGGAACCGCCCGCCGCGCGCUGUCUAUGGCGACCAGGUGCUAUGCCUCCGGAACACGAGUUGUAUUAUGGCUUCACUCGGUUCGCGAUGGAGUUAAACGAAAUGGAGCCAGGCAUGCAGAAGAUGUUACCACACACAGAUACGCGAUUCCGGCCAGACCAACGUGCCCUAGAGCUGGGCGAUGUAGACGCGGCGGAACAUUACAAACACGAGUUGGAACAAGCGCAACGUGAACGGCGACGUGACUGUCCAGACCAUAUGCCUGCCUGGUUCAGUAAACGGAUGGAGGAUGGUGAGGAGAUGUGGGUAUUCACCGGUGAUUAUUGGAAGGCGCGCGAGGCCAACUUCCCCGGACAUACCGCGCCCCGUAUCUGGUGA